AUUUUCUCCUUUCAAGUCACCAGGAAUGAGGAAGACAGUAGAAAUUGUGAUUAUACUAGUAUGUAUUUACUUGCAAGCAGAAGAAAGCAAAGGAACGUCAGCUACAAUAACAACUAUGACAAGUACAACAAUUGGACCAAGCGCUACAGCAACCAACACUGUAUCCACUACAACCACGAAGGAACAGACGACUACCACUACAUCAAGCACAACUGCAUCAACUACAACACCAACUACGACCACUACAACAUCUACAGCAGCACCUACCACUACAUCGAGCACAACUGCAUCAACUACAACACCAACUACGACCACUACAACAUCCACAACGACACCUACCACUACAUCGAGCACAACUGCAUCAACUACAACACCAACUACGACCACUACAACAUCCACAGCGGCACCAACCAGUACAUCCAGCACAACGGCAACAACUACAACACCAACUACGACCACUACAACAUCCACAGUGGCACCAACCACUACAACGAGCACAACGGUAACAACUGCAACACCAACUACGACCACUACCACAUCCACAGCGGCACCAACCAGUACAUCCAGCACAACGGCAACAACUACAACACCAACUACAACCACUACAACAUCUACAGCGGCUCCUACCACUACAUCGAGCACAACGGCUUCAACUACAACACCAACAACGACCACUACAACAUCCACAGCGGCAGCAACCAGUACAUCCAGCACAACGGCAACAACUGCAACACCAACUACGACCACUACCACAUCCACAGCGGCACCAACGAGUACAUCCAGCACAACGGCAACAACUACAACACCAACUACAACCACUACAACAUCUACAGUGGCGCCAACCACUAAAACAAGCACAACGGCAUCACCUACAACACCAACAACGACCACUACAACAUCCACAGUGGCGCCAACCACUACAACGAGCACAACGGCAUCAACUACAA